AGAUGGGAAAAAUCCUUGGCCAUUUACAUAACAGCAAAAACUCAUACCAGUACUGAUUUUCACAUUACACUAAAAAUUUAUUACUUUCGUCUAUUACCUCGAAUCAUAAUAUUUUAAACCUAAUUACACUUUCACUCGCCUGGUUUUACAGCAACCGCCCACUGACACUAUAAUAAAUGGUAUAAAGGAGGAGGAAGAAGAGGGGUUUACAGAAGAGAUGAUGAAUCGUUUCAUAGUCAUCUCUGCUUCACUCUUCCUCUUCCUUUCGAUUCUCCUUCUUCCUCUGCUCAAUCCCAACUAUUGGUUGAAGUGGAGAGCUGCUUUGGUUCCCUCAACGAAAUUAGCUGCGGAUUUAAUAGUGAGGAAUGGGUUCACCUUCACCAGCGACCCUUCUCUGCCUUUUGCCGAUUCCAUGGCCAUUCGCGACGGCCGGAUCCUCCGAGUCGGCAACUAUUCUUCUCUUCAGGUUCUUUUGCAAAGAUUUGGCGGGAUACGGAACAAAAGAGUUGAAUCUUGAAGGAAAAGUUGUGGUUCCUGGGUUGAUUGAUUCUCACGUGCAUUUGAUUUUCGGGGGAUUGCAGGUUCUUAAGAAAUGAUUUCUCUUCCCUUUUUCUUGUUUUACUCGUUCUUUUUUAUCCAUUGAUAAUUUUAUUAAGUGGUGAUAUGUAUAGAAACUGUUGCUCCAAUCACCUUAUUUGGGAUCUUCUAUGUAAUAUUUUGCUCUUUAAGAAAAGUUAGAAAUGCUCUUUUCCCUAAUAAGAAAAACAUGAAAUUUUGUAAUGUGUUUAUUGCCCAAUAGACAUAGACACAUUUUCUUGCCAUAUACUUAGCAAGAGUCUGUUCAUAUGUCCAUGGAGUUGAGAUUUCUAGUGGAAAACAGAUGAUCCAAGUGGAACUCCGAGGUGUAAAUAACAAGGAGGAACUGUUGAGAAGGGUGAAAGAAGCAGCGCUUAGUAAUCCCUUUUUUUCUCUUUAUGGUUAAUUGAUUAUUGUAUUAGUUUUUGGUGUUGGUGGAUUCUUAAUGUAUAUCUUGCUGUUACUUGAUGAAUGAUUGUACAUAUCAGCUCAUAUUCUUGUCUAAUUGACAUUGAUGUUAUACUCUUCUGAACAUAGUUCAUCAAAACCUCCCCUGCUGAUGCUGCUUGUUAGUCCUUUUAUUAUCAACUCUACAUCAAACUAUGCAAACUUUACUGCAUAGAUCAUUUACUUGUUAGCCAAGGUUGUGAACCUGGUCGGAAACAGAAGAUAAUCUUGAUUUAUGAAUAAAAAAUUGUGGUGUUU